AAAUUGAGUCGAUCGACGAUUAUACAGAAAUUAAGCCUUCUUGUUGGGUUUCUUGACUGGGUGAGGCCGCCAGCUCCUAACGCGGAUCUUUGUGCCGAUUGCAAGGCUGUCAUUCAAGGCGUUCUUGAUCAUAAUCUCAAUGCUCCUUUAGCAGGCGGAGGUGCCUUGGAGACACUCGAUUGGGGUAUGCCAAUGCAGCUUGAUUUUAACUUUGAUCUUCUUGAUACCUUUGACUGGUUACGUACAGAGUAG